GUUCUGCUUGGAGGCAAAAAUAUUGAAGAAGGUUUUGGAAUUUCUUUCAGAGUUAUUCAGGCCUUUCAGUUGGAUGCUGCUGCUGUAUAUGACAAAACUGCAAAACAUUUACUGCAAUAUCGCAAGUUCUGUCAAAUCAGACAGUUACUGAAAUGUGUCAGUGAAUCGGGAGUGGCUAGUGGCGAUGACACUGAUAACCUCCUUAUCCGAUUUAUUGAAGGUGGCGAUGAACACCUUUCACAGUCAAAAGACCUGGAGAAACUGAUUCUUGAAAUGAAGAAAGAUGAAAAUAAGAUUAAAGCCUUCCUGUUGUGUCGUAAAUAUCGGUCUGCCUACUUGGUUGCUGUGAAGCUGGAACAAAUGCAGGCGGUGCGCAAUGUACAGGAAGUGCUGGAGGCUGCUGAAAGAGCUGAGGAUGAACUCAUACCAAAAAUUUGUAGGGACUGGCUGAAGUCACACCAGCUUAAGACUGUACAACAAAAAACCCACCGCAAGUAAUCUGGAAGAAUCACAAGGACAAAAAGAAUUGUAAUUGCUACCUCAAAAACAUUUGCCAUGAAAUAUUAGGUUUAACAAAAAAAAGACGAGAAUGAAGUCUCAAAGAUUCUUUGUACAAUUAUGGAUAUUGUAGUAUCAUUUUGUUAUGUAACCUGAAGAAAUCUUUACAUUUUAAACUUCAAAUAGAAAAAUCAAUUGGUAAGCUCUUUUAUACUCCUCCCCAUCUGCAGCAUUCUGAUUUUGGAUUUAUUUCAAGGUAACUGGCUGUGUAAGCCAUAAGGCUUCUGUUAGACAGGAGUUGACUAUUUGGCUGAUUAGAGAAUGGUACUGUAAUAACUGGUUUGUUGGCAGAGUUCUUUUAGAAGAGUGGAGGUUACCAACAUUCAGAGUUGAUCUCAUUCACAUGAAGCCUACAUGGGUUGCUAUUUGCGGGCGGGUGGCGGGGUCAAGACAAUUCCAAUUUCAUGUCUUGUGUUUGUGGUCAGCGUUGCAUAGCCUCAACUCCAUUUGGUUUGACUUACCUAGUUACACUGAUUUAACCAGAUCAUUUUUACAGAAAACCUGAUGCUGCUGUACAAGUACCAAUGUGAUUUAGUACAUUUCCAAAGCAAUUUCCAUUGAAACCUGAGCUUCGAAGUGGAACAAUAUGUGCCAUAUUUCAUCAUUGCAUUUUCUGCAGUCACUUUUUGGAGUGUGACCACCAUCCCCUCCAAGUUGUUGAGCAAAAAUUUAUAAAUGUCAGCAUCACAAUCAGCCAAACGUUUCACUGAUGAAGUUUCAUGAUGUCUGCUGUUGUCAAUCAGCAGCUUGAGAAUUCCAUUUGCACCUUUUGUGACUUGACUUAUCUAGAGGUGACCAAAUAAAAGCAAGGUUUCCCCCUCCUUUUUACACUAUUUUCCUCCCUCACUUUUAUUUUCUUAAGGUAUCAAAUCUUCAAUGUGUACUGUUCCACAGUGCCUGUGAACCACUGGUGUCUCACGCUGAUGCCCCAUAAAUGACCUGACCUGCUGAAUGUCUAUUCCACUAUGGUCUCAGCACAGCCUGACACUGUCCUCAUAUACUCUCCCAUGCAGCAAGUGAUGUGGAGUCACUGAGUAACAGAAACCCUCACCUUUUCCUGACCAUGCUUCAGCCCAGUGGUCUUGUAGAAGCUAUAGAACUAUAGAAGCUCUGCCGUCCUAGUUGUGUACGACUAAGUCAGCACAAACCUGAGUUAUUACAGUUCACACAAAAAGUACCACUUUGCUACACAUUGUCAAAUGGAUUUAGAGGUUAACUUGUUUUCAUGGUCAAACUGGACUUAUUUUUUGCAAGUUUUUGGUUAUGGAGCUGUUAAUUUGAAAAUGGUUUGCCACUUUCGAGAUCCAGUUUGAAAGACCAGGAAAACUUUCUAUUUUAAGUAAGUAACUAAAUUACUUGUAUUAGAUUCAAGUACAAAUACAUACCGUGCAUCAAAUCAAAAGGUAUAUAUUUUAAGUACUAAACACAGUUUUUCUGUUUCUAACUUCCUGAUCUGUUGCACUUGGAUAGAUAAUGGCACUGCAGCUAUUUGCAUGAUAUUCAUCAUGAAGUGACAUUAUGCAAAUGCAAACAGUCAAGCUGCACGUUGCAAUCACCAACCCACAGCUGAUCACCGCGAUAGUACAGGCAGGUUCCCAAGACUUGCGAGAUAAAGAUGUGUCUUGUUUAUCCCUGUCCAGAGUUGAGUGUUAGGUACUUUGUAUGCUUGAAAAAUGUCACCUCAGUCUCUUCUAAUUGUUCAGAUUCAGUAGUGACAGUUUGAUGCUGUACUUACAAUACUAGAUAUGCUGACUUUACAUGUCAGUGGGGACAUUUUAUAAAAAUUUUCACCAAGUUUUGAUAGUGUUAUGCUAAACUCUGAAUACCUAAUGACUUUUGAUAUUCUAAAUUAAUUCCUGAUUGAAAAUGAUAGUUUGCUUGCUCAAAUAAUGUAACAUCAUGUUGCAGCCAACUUGAAUUAAUAGAAUACAUCUAUAAGAACUAAUACCUUAACUAGUCAGAAUAAAAAUCCCUUUUCUUUAUUGAUGCAAUGACUAUGUAACGUCGAUACGCUUUCCAUCUAAUAUUUUCUUUCACUUUGAGAGACGCUUUAUUUUUAUAAUGUGUACAAUUUAGAGUUUUAUAUUUGGGAGUUUUAAUUUCUGAGAAACAAUAUUCAGUAUUGCCUGUUUAAUAAGCAUCACAUCAGUCUUGUAAACGUUGUAAGAAACUUGUAUUGGUGACAUGACAGAUAGUGUUGCAUUAUGCAGUUACUUGUGUAUUUUCAUUCAUUAAUAGUACAGUGUAUGAUAUUGUCUGUAAAUAUUGCAAUUCACAUGUGAUUAUGCUCCAGGACUGUAAAUAUGCUUAAUAUUUUUAUCAUAUAUUGUAUUGAGGAUUCUGUUUAGAUAAAGGCAAAUUUAUUGUGUUUGGAUUGGUACAGGGCUGCAUUCACAAUAAAUAUCCAAAAUAUUAACAGGCUGAAAUAUAUCUCUUAGAAAUAUAUCAAGGACGUGAAAGAAGUGGCACAGUGAAAUGCUGUGUAGUACAAAGAGGUUUAAUGGUAUUACAAGUGCUUUUCCUCUUGGGAAAUUGUAACUGUAAUUGCUUUAAAGCCAUUCUUUUGAGAAGAUGUGUAAUGCUGCACAUGGUUUUUCCAAAUUGCUGUAAUGUGAGGAUCUUUAUUCAAUGGAAUAAUGGCAUUCCUACAAUCAAUUCUAUCAGGAAAUGCAUGCCUGCCACAAUAAGUGUAGUUUUACUACAAGCCUGCAAUUAGAACAAAAUGUUGAGCAAAGUGAUCAAAUGAGAAAUCCCCAAGAAAUGCAGCAGGUUUUGAAGUUGGAAAUAAGAAAUACUAAAUGCUAUAGUUCAGCAUUCUGAUUGCCUGGGUAGCCAAUAAUUGUGUGUGUCUGUUUGUAGGGAGGACUACGCUGGGAUGCUGGACACAGUAAGCUUCCUCAUUAGCUCAAACCUUAGUAAUUAACUCUUUGAAAACUAAUUCAAUCAUUUAAAUCUAACUGGGAUUUUGGCAAGUCUGACAUUAAGUUCACGUUGAAAUUGAUAGUUUUAGAAGUUUUGUUUUUAAAAGGUUAUAUUACUUACAUCAAAGAAACAGUAUCCAAUUUUAAAAUUGUAAUGACUAAGUUAUUAAAAGGUAUAGCCACCGUGUUCAGUUUCAGUCACAGAAGGCUUCUACAGAAUCACUAAAGUAUUACAGCUGGCAUUGCUUUUAAAUUAAUUUACUGAUGAAGGCAUAAAAUUGAAGACAAUGCUUCCUGGUUUUAUGAAGGGUUCAGGUUUCAAUGCAUUGGAGGUCUAUAUUUGUAGGGUGUAUCUAGAUCAGUCUGUUUACUUCUGAAGAGAAAGCAAAGUGUGAAAAAUACUUGUUGAGUUUUCAUUACUGAGUGAUUUUUUUUUUGUUCAAAAAAUUAUUUUUUUGCACUUGCUCCUCUGCUGGCUUCCCACCAGCAGCAAAUUCUGUGGCACUGACUUCACUGAUGCCAAAUGGAAACUGACAAGUUGACACUUCUCUCCCCUGAGAAAAUGAGACCCUCUCCAUUUAAACUGUUUGAGAAUGAAUAUAUUGAACACUUUUGCUGCGAGCAGCCUUCAUUUCUUCAGGUGUGUGUGCAUCAAAAUGAGCAGGUAUUUAAUAAGGAGAGGUUCAGUGGGCUGUAUAGGGAAUAGGAUAUUGAAUGUUUCACUAAUGUAUCCCUCUAUAACCAUUACUGUAAAUCAAAUUGCCUAUUCUUUGUCCAUACAAGGAUCUAUUAUUUAAGUCUGGAUAAUAAUGUCUAAUCACUAGUGUCUUUCUAAGUUUUUUAAAACUAAACAUAAAUGCUGAAAGAUCCAAGUUCCUUCAUAGCUCUUGCCCGAGCAAUCCAAAAUUAAUUGAUUUCUACAUUGAAGUUGUUGCUGACAUUACACUGAUUUAAAAAGAUGAAUAUUUCAGAGGUUUGGCUGACUUUAUUUGACUUUUAAAUUGGAGUAUAGCAGAUAUGAAGAAUUAUGAUUGCAUUGUGAGGUUUCCACUAUGAAAGACUAUGCAACAAAGGUUGUUGGUUUAUUUAAUAUCAUUACGCAAGAUCCACAUGUUUUGUUUGUUUUACUAAAGUAUUAGCUUCUAUAGUUGCAAAAUUGCACUGUAAAAAGCACUUUAAAUGCUACAGCUAUUCAACUCAGCUUUACUGUGCGAUUAAUCCUAAAUACCAAACUGGAUGGCAAUGUUUCUGUAACUGGAUUAUUGUAAACUGAUCUUUUCAUUUUAAGAGAAGCUUCAGAUAACCCUUUAAUUAUUGUGAAUGUUUAACCUCUGGAGUUAAAACAGUAUACAGCUUGUAUAUUUUAACAAUUUUUGCUAAACCAUUAAACUUUGACUAC